AUACGCAGCAAUAACUUAAUAUCAUUGUCUGUUUAAUGGGGCAGUUUAGCCAACUGAUCGUUAGAUUUUGAAAGUACGUCAUUAUAGUGACGAAUAUCAAACAAUUUUAUGAUCCAAUUAUUAGUACAUUCUUGACGUCGUGCAUAUGCUGUUCGUUUUGACCGUUAAACCGGCCAAGUGUAACAGCUUUAAGAUAUGCACGUGUAGGAAGUGAUCGGGUAGGCUUACCACCUGUUCUGCCUGCAAGGGGCAUAUCUGCGAAUAGUCGUACCUGGAGCCAGCUAGAUUUGGAGAUGAAGCAAGGUUGGCUAUGUGUGGAUUAUUGUGCUACCUAACCCUUUUUGUCUGCGGAUGGGCCGUUGCCUUUUUCAUAAAAUCACGGGAACUUGAACAAAUAGAAGAUAUCUGGAGAGAAGAAACCAACAAGCUAAGUGAACUUGUGACAGAGCUAAAGGAAGAAAAUUUGCGACUGUGCAGUUCACUAAAAGAAAAAGAAAAUUCCCUUUCUGAAAAGUCAUCAAGCUGUGUAUCAGAACAGGAACUAAAGAUUGCACAGAAAUUGAAAGAAAUUGUAGAUAGACAAAGAGAACAAAUAGAACAAAAAGACCAAGAACUUCAUCAGAAAUGUAAUGAUGUAGAAGUGCUUCAGCUACAGCUACAGAAGCUAGUGCAGUUUAACAAGGACUUGCGAAGGAAACAGAAGCACCAACAGUGUCAGAUGAAAGCCAUAGUUGAGGAAAAGGUGGAACUACAAGUGCAGCUGGAAGAAUAUCAGAGCGAGCUUCAACAGUUACGUAGCCAACUAGGAGUGGCUGUAAAAGAAAAUUUAGAAUUGGCACAAGCUGAAAGUGAACUUGUUCCAGACUCAAAAAGAAAAUUUGUGAUUGACCUAGAUGAUCCUGAAAGGCCACAAUUUACAGUAGAUGAGCUAAAAAGAAUCAUGUUUGAGAGAAAUGACCUAAAAGCCAAGAUAAGUGAACUUCAGGAUGAGCUAACUUUGUACAAACCCCAACCUCCAUCAAAAUCAGAUGUUGUAGAUCCAGUUGAGGAACUUCCAGUGCAAGGGCCAAUAAAUAAAGAACCAGAAGAAAAGUUGUAUCCAUCAACAAAGCCCUCUGGAAUUCGUCGUUUUUUUCAGUUUGUUUUACGAAGUUGAUCCGUUUCACCCGAUUUGAGGCUAUUCCCACUUAUUUUAUUCUUGUUUGACCUUACCAUCGAAUAGCAAGAACUUCUAUAGUGGUGCCAUCUCUAGACACAGAAGAACAAGGUUCUAUAACUAGUUAAAAAUCUAAGUGAUUUUGAUGUGUGAUUAACUUGAUACAUUAUUUUAUGAGAAUUUAAUAAUCUUGCAGGUUUUUGGAUAUAUGUAUAUAAAGUAUAAGUUGUGUGUGAUGGAAUGAAAGAGGUACUGUUUAUGAAUAGAUUGGAUAAGUACAGUAGUUUAGUGUGUAAAAACAAAAAAUGUGAUAUGUUUACUUUGAAACUGUCAUGGACAAUUAAUUUUUUAAACCAUAUUAUUCAAUUCAUUCUUACUGACAUUAUUAUUAUUUUUUCAAUAAAAGUGUUUAUACUAAACCAGGUUUGUUAAACAAAAGUAAACUAAUAUUGUUCUGACAGUUGGUAUUGUUUUGUGAUAAAGACAAAUAUCUCAAAGGAAAAUUUCAAUCAAAUAACUAAGUACACACUUACUUGCGUACGUGUAUAUACAUUUCUUUAACUUGAAAAUAAUUUCUAACUAUUGUUAAGUGUGAAUAUUACUGGUGUUCAAAAUGAGAACUAGAAAAUGGCAAUUUUGUGAUACAAGUUAAAAUUUAUUUUUCUUUGACUAAGGUUAGAUAUGUAAUGGUGAUAUGUACAUAGUGGUUGCUGUAGGGUAAGAUAGCAAGUAAACAAGGGUGCUAAAAUUAUUGGAUACUAUUAUCUUCUUACAAACUAACUUAUGGAUGUUACAGUUUUUUAUCUAUUGAAUGUGUGAAAUUCUUAACAUGUUUCAUUGCAAACAGCUGUUGGGGAACAUACAAUUUAUGUAAGUGAGGAUGUCUUCUAGGACUAUGGACCCUUUGUAACAAACUCACCAACAGGAAUGUUUAAAGCUGUUUGUAACCAAGAUAUCCUGUGUAUUAUGAAAAGAAAAUUACCUUACUUAAAUAUUUGAUUUAGUAUUUAUACUUUAAGCAUAUACUAUUUCAUGUUUUAAGCCUGUCAGCUAACAUUGCGGUCCAACAGAAAAGCUAAAAGUUUCCACAAAUUUCAAGUUCAGGACUAUUAUUAUUAUUAAAUCAAAAACCCAUAGUAGAGGGAAAAAAAAUAUUUAUCAAACAAACAGUGUUAUGUCACCUAAACUGCCUUGUCUUCUUCCAUAUCAUUUUCCUGAUGACAUUUUGGGGUCAACAAGAGCAAAAUCAAGAGUCAGAACUCAACUUAAGUACUCUAACAAAACAAAAAAGGGCAUCCUAAAGAUUACAUACUUCAACUAAUGUUCUAAGCAGUCUUAAGUAAAGUCAGGCAAGUUUACAGGUUUCUGUAUUGUCCAUACAGAAACGUAUACAUGUAUGCAGCUUUUACCUGUGUUAAAGGAUAGUGUAAGUUUAUAAUAUUGAGAAAUCAGUCUGUGAGAAUAUCUUAUAAAAUAAUAAAUGAUCUGGAAGAGUGAAAUUCCUGACUAUUUCUUUCAUAGUAUUACCAUAAAUAUCUACUCAGAAUGUCUUGAAUAUGAUGCAUUGUUUUCCUGUUCAAGCCCAAGUGAGAAAUUGAUUAAAGUUGCAAACCAUUUUAACCUUCAGUAUCCCAAGCUAGUUAAUCAGUUAUUCCAUUUCCAUAGUGAUCAGUCAGAAGUGUCUGGUUUAUAGUAGCCAAACAGGUUUUAAAAAAUAACACUAUAGAAAUACAAAUUUACAUUUUUGUGUUAUGCUGAUUACCUCGUUCUUGUAAAAUAAAAUUUUAAAGUUUGAAAAAAAAUUUAGUUAUUAACAUUUCCAAGGAAAGAGGCUUUAUAAAAAAUAUUUUACUGAAUGUUUAAUGUAAUAUAAGAUAGGUACUUGAAUCAGUUGGAUUUAAUUGUUAAAAAUUUCCAACAGUACUUGACCAUGCUUUUGUUUACCGAAGAAGCAUAACUACAAUAAUGGAAGUAUGGAAACAUUUUGUACCACAGUGGAAAAUAUGGUUCAUUUUGAGCCUAGAUUAGGUGAUAAGAGUAGCAUUAGAUGGAACCACAUUGAAAGUAUACAAAUAUGCUGCUUACAUUAGCAUCUUAUUUAAUUUUUAGUGCAUGCUGGAGCACAAAAUACAUCUUAAUACUAGUAAUAAAUAAAGCCAAAUUUUUCUUUAAUUGGACACUCAACAUUUCACUUUAAAGCUUCUUCAGGAAUGUCCCACUAAUCAAUUGGGGGAUGUGUUGACUAUCAAUACUCAUUUCAUAGUUCAUAAUGUAUAUUUUUCUGUUGAAAAACUGUUGCAAUUGGUAAUCAAGUAAUAUUCAUGCAUAUUUUUGAAAUGAUUACACUCAAAAAGUGAUGAUCUCUAGCUUAGAUACAUCAUUGAUGUGUUUGGACUAUGAGACCGUAGCCAUGAUUCUUUAAUCAAGUUUCCAGAUUUUUUUAAUUCCAUAAACACUAACAUCCAAUUCACAACAGGAGUAUAGAUUCCAUUGACAUUACUUUGACUGAUAGUAACAAUAACUUUGUUUCAUAAAUUAAAAUAAUUUUUUUCAUUUCAACUUUUAUCCCAAAGCUUUUAAGAAAGGUGCAAUUAAUGAAGAAUUAAAAAGAAUAUUGUAAUUGCUGUUGUCAAAAACUAAAUGUUCUGAACUAAAAUCACUCAUCUUAAACAAUGAAUACCUAACUUUUCAAGGACUAUGAUUAAAAAAAAAAUCAACAUCACUCCUCCAAUAUAAACACAGAUAAACCAAAAAUGAAAGAAAAUUCUACAAAGAUACUACAAUAAAAUACUUUUACAGUACCUUUAACUAUCUUCAAAAAACCUGAACUGCAGAUUGAAGUAAACUUGCAAAAUCUUGGUACAUUACAAUGCAAUAAAGCCAACUGUCUUAGAAAAUCAAGUUUACGAUCUUGCUUCCAGUGUUAUCAACCAUUAUACACAUAUCUGUCACCAUAUGCACACUGGUGAAACUGGAAGAACCCAACACACAAUGAUAGAAUAUUUUGACUUUUUACAAACUACAACAUGAGAGAAGAGACUGGAGAACAUUUUGUAAUAAAGUCCUAGAAUGAAUCCACCAUUCUCAGUAAAAAUCCUUAUCAAAUUCACAGAUAAGAAAUUUAAAGCUCUUCCCAACAAACUAUAGAUGAACAAAGACAAAGGUUGCUAUUUAUACAUUUUUUUUUUAAUUUUUUAUUAAUUUUCAUAGGUAUUUGGUUCAUUGUAGUUAAGUUAUAUUUUCAACAGUUGGCUUUACAUACUAUAAAAUUGAUUAUAAUUCAUUAUUUAAACCAAUUUAAGCUUUGUAUUGUUAAGUAGGGUUUCUGCUUCAGUGAAAUGUUCAUGAAAAAGCUGUAAAGUAAAACAAUGAAUGUCGAGUUAAAGAAAAAAAUUCAAAUUUUGCAUUAUAAGGUCAUUAAUAUCUAUUGUAUACAUCUUUUCUCCUCUUUAGAGCAUGACACCUGGCAACAGGCUGCCAUAGUUUGAUUAAAAGUGCAUGGAGUGUUCAAUCAGAAGAAAUUCACAAUUCCAUCAGGUUGCUUAGGUUACCUUCUUCAUAUCUGUUUAGACCUAAUUUCCAUCAGCAAUGUUAUUAUCUGAAGUAUGGGCAGGCCAAGGGAAGAGAUCCUCUUCUUUUGAUACUAGCCACAUGUUUAAAGAUAUAAAUCAUUGAUGAAUUAGGUGUGUUUUUGGAAUAAUGCCACAGUGUAUCAGGUUUGCUGUUACUGCCUCAUCAAUUUACACUAAUACAGAUCUCUAAAGGAGGUGCAAAUCAAACUUGGGUGCAUUGGGUGAACAACACCCUCUACUAGACCUGCUUAUUCUAUUCUUUGGUUCCAUUAUUCAUUUCAGCUUUUUUUGCUUGGUGGCCACAUUUCCAUGAAAUACAUAUGUUGAGGCCACACUGAGAAAAAUUUUCUUACUGUCUCUCCAAGGUGACUUGUACACAUGUACUCAGUGUGUGUGAAAUACUUUAUUAAUCCCAAGGAAAUUCAAAGAACACCACUGUGGCGGUUUUCACAAUACUUACCAGCUUGUAAAUUCACAGCAAAAAAGCAUGACAAACAGUGUCUUAGAAUUUGUUACAAUCUGCAGGAGUAUGAAUGAUUAGUUCAACUAUUACUAUUAUAGUAAAAAUAAUGAAUUGGAAUAAUGUAUCUUGAUUUAGGAGAUAUUUAAGUUCCAAAUGGUACUAUCUUUUGGUAGUUUUUUUGAAAAGGUAUAAUCUUGUAGCCAUGUUUUUCCUCAGGCUUGAGCUUGUUCAAUGUAAAGUAAUAAAUAUUGUUUGUCUCAUUCAAAACUUACUCUUUAACCUCACUUGAGGAAACUUAAAACACACUAAGCAUUCCAAAAAGUGAUUUAAAAAAAAUUUAAUACACUGUUUAAUGUUAGAUAUUCCAUCUGUACCUAACCAAAUUAGCAUACUAUUAAUUAGUGAUUUCUUAGAAGCUAGCUUUACCCUUUUGUAAUCUAUGUAAAUUAAAGGGAUUCUUUCAAUGCAA